CGGCUACCCAGUAACGGUCUUACAAAUCCCACUAUAUAAUGUUAAAUUAAUCAUUUUUAUACGUAUCUAAAUAUAAGCGAUGCGAAAUGUUUGAUUGUCCCUAGAAGAAAGCAGCGGAGGUGCUUGAAAAUGAAACUGAGGAAAUGAACAAACGGAGCCUACGAAAAACCUCACAAAACACGAAUUUUGCCGUCAUCGAACUCGAACUCCCAUACUCGGAAAAUCAACAACAUAUAUUUGUGUUGUGCAAAAGGCUCAUUUCAAGACCCCGGCGGCAGCUUCAGAAACAAAUAAAAUUAAGCUAAAUAAGCAACAGCAUCAAACACUUCGACACCCACUCGUUAAAAGCUUAAGACAUUCCAAAAAAGUAGCCACCAAAGCGGCUAAAAGCAACCAAAGUAAAAAAAAAGAAACAGUAGGCAGCCUAACCAUCUUGGGUUAUAAACACUUGACCGGAUUUUUGGAGGGCGGCAGGUUCAAAUCAAAUCUGGAUCAGCCGCAGGAUAUGGAAGUUGAUGCGCCUAUAGCGCAGCAAAGCAGCGACAAUCAUCUCCAGAACCACCAGCAUCAUCCCCACCAUCAGCUGUAUCCCCAUCUGCAGCAGAUCUCGCCCAGCGGCUACCACUCGGAGUCAUCCAUGAAUUUCGAUUAUUUGCAAGACCUGAGGGCCUCCUCGUCCGCGGCCGCAUCCGGAGGAGGUGCCAAUAGCGGGAACAGCUCCUAUGGACUCGUCGACGACAGUAGAGCCCUGGACAGACCAUAUAACGCCAGCGAGAGGUUCGUCAGUAUACUGGACCAGCUGGAUGCACGUGUGGAGAAGCUGCGCAAGGAUGCACUCAACCUGCAGGAGAAAAAAGACUACUUAUUGAUGUCCAUGGAUCUAAUCAAGAGCAACGAAAUGAUGCAGAACAUGAGCGAGGCUGAACGAGAAGAGAUCAUGUUGUACAUCCAGCGAGUGAGCUCUCGUUUGGGCACUGUGGAGCUAAAUGUGCGCACUGUACGCGACAACUCGCAGGAGGAUUCCCUCAGCCAGAUCAAUGUAUUGAUCGACACCAUGAUCAAAAUGGGUGAUCCCGUGAUCGCGCGCCAGCGUUGCCAGUUGUACUUGAAUGCCUGCUGCAGCAGCUCGAUGGAUCCAUCCGGACACAUGGACACCCUGCCCGAGGCAGAUGUGGGCCCCGUCGAUAAGAAGUUCGAGAGCGUUCUGCUCGGCUGCACUCUGGAUGAUCAGAAGAACAUCAAGAAGCGGCUGCAGGCCUUAAUGGGUUAUCUGAAUAAGCAAACUGUUAGCCAUUAAAUUAAUUGUUUUUGGUCCAUUAACCAUUCAUAGCAUUAUUAGCAUACCAAGCAAGUUACAUCACCAAGCCAGACGAAACGAAUAAUAAACAAAACAUACACACAA